UAGGUCUGGUGAUGGAACCAACCAAAGUCUUCCAGCCUUCGUAUGUCUCUAUAAACAGUGAAGCCUGAGGAGAGGACAGUUUCUCUGUGGCACGUCUCACCCAUGGAAAUGAAACAAAUUCAUGAAUGGAAUUUUACAGCCUCUUCCAUUAGAGGAAUAAGCAUAUCCAAGUUUGAUGAACGGUGUUGUUUUCUUUACGUCCAUGAUAAUUCUGAUGACUUUCAAAUCUACUUUUCCACUGAAGACCAGUGCAGUAGGUUUUGCUCUUUGGUCAAAGAGAUGACAACCAAUGGAGUGGGCAGUACAGUGGAGCUGGAGGGAGAGACCGAUGGGGAUACCUUAGAGUACGAGUAUGACCACGAUGCGAAUGGUGAGAGAGUGGUGCUGGGGAAGGGCACAUAUGGGAUCGUGUAUGCCGGCAGAGAUCUGAGCGAUCAAGUGCGAAUAGCCAUCAAAGAAAUUCCAGAGAGAGACAGCAGUUACUCUCAGCCUCUGCAUGAGGAGAUCGCCCUGCACAAGAACCUCAAGCACCGCAAUAUUGUUCAGUAGCUGGGCUCUGUUUCCGAGGGCGGCUACAUUAAGAUAUUUAUGGAGCAGGUGCCUGGGGGAAGCCUUUCGGCUCUUUUGCGAUCAAAAUGGGGGCUGAUGAAGGAGCCCACCAUCAAGUUCUACACCAAGCAAACCCUGGAAGGCCUCAAGUAUCUCCGCGAAAGCCAGAUUGUGCACAGAGACGUAAAGGGUGAUAACGUUCUGGUGAAUACCUAUAGCGGAGUGGUGAAAAUCUCCGAUUUCGGCACCUCUAAACGUCUUGCAGGAGUGAAUCCAUGUACAGAAACUUUUGCCGGCACUCUGCAGUACAUGGCGCAGAUUAUUGAUCGAGGACCUCGUGGGUAUGGUGCCCCGGCUGAUAUCUGGGCCCUGGGCUGCACCGUCAUUGAGAUGGCCACCAGCAGGCCUCCGUUCCAUGAGCUCGGUGAACCGCAGGCAGCCAUGUUCAAAGUGGGCGUGUUUAAGAUUCACCCUGAGAUUCCAGAAACCCUUUCAGCGGAAGCUAGAGCCUUCGUUUUAUCCUGUUUUGAGCCUGACCCCCACAAACGUGUCACCGCUGCUGGACUGCUCCAAGAGGGUUUCUUAAGGCAGGUGAACAAGGGCCAGAAGAACCGAAUUGCUUUUAAGCCGGCAGAGGGUCCCAGGGGCGCCACGCUGCCCCUGCCCCUGGCGGGAGAGCUGAUGGGCGGCAGCAGCAGCAGUGAGCAUGGCUCGGUCUCCCCACACUCCGAUGCCCAGCCCGACGUGUUCUUCCAGAAGUCCCAGACGCCCACGCAUCGGCUCAGCCACCUGCUCAGUGUUCCUGAUGAGAGCUCGGCCUCAGAGGACCGGAGCGCAGCCUCGUCCCUGGAGGACAGCGACCUGGGCCUCUUCCUGCUGCGCAAGGACAGCGAGCGCCGUGCCAUCCUCUACAGAAUCCUCUGGGAGGAGCAGAACCAGGUGGCUUCCAACCUGCAGGAGUGCGUGGCCCAGAGUUCGGAAGAGUUGCAUCUCUCAGUCGGCCACAUCAAGCAAAUAAUUGCGAUCCUGAGAGACUUCAUCCGCUGCCCGGACCACAGGGUGAUGGCAUCCACGAUAUCAAAACUAAAGGUGGACCUGGACUUUGACAGCUCGUCCAUCAGUCAGAUUCAUCUGGUACUCUUUGGAUUUCAGGAUGCUGUAAAUAAAAUUUUGAGGAACCACUUAAUUAGGCCCCACUGGAUGUUUGCGAUGGACAACAUCAUCCGUCGAGCGGUGCAGGCUGCAGUCACCAUCCUCAUCCCAGAGCUCCGAGCCCACUUUGAGGCUGGCUCAGGGACCAAAGGGGUGGAUAAGGACACGGAUGAGGCAGAAGAGGACUAUGCCCCGGCAGACCCACGCGGGAGCGAGGCGCAGGUGGCGUGUGGGUGGAGCAGGCCCGUUUCAGCAGUUGCCCAGGAGGCCCAGCCCCAGCAGCCCCAGCAGCUCCACCAGCAGCAUCUGAGCCUCCAGCUGAGCAAGCUCAGGCAGGAGACCAACAGACUUUUGGAACACCUAGUUCAAAAAGAGAGAGAGUACCAGAAUCUUCUACGGCAAACCCUAGAACAGAAAACUCAAGAAUUGUAUCACCUGUAGUUACAAUUCAAAUCUAAUGAGAUUACAGAGAACUCAGCCUCCCCUCCUCGGUCUUAUGGGCAGAGAACAGAAGAAGAGCUUGUCGACUGGUUGCAACUGCAAGGAGCGGAUACGAAAACAAUUGAAAAGAUUCUUGAAGAAGGUUUUACACUUUCUGAUAUUCUUAUUUAUAUCACUAAGGAAGACCUAAGGUACCUUAGACUACGUGGUGGUCUCCUCUGCAGGCUCUGGACUGCAGUCUCCCAGUACAGAAGACAGGCUCGGGGGGCCCCGGCAACCCAAGAUGAGGCUUAAUCAAUCAGCUAAGCCAGGGGACACAGGGAGCAAAGAGCGGACAACAUACACACGAAUUCUGCUGCACUUACGCAAGGAAAACACCGCUUGUUCAAUGAACAAUUUAAGAACUUGAAGUUUUAAAGAAUGAUGGAAAAAAUUUUAACCUUUUAUUUAUCAACAUGUUUUCAAGGUGAGUAGAACUUGUAUGUAUUGUGAAAACAGUGAUUGUAAAACCUGGUCUUGACAUCCCAGAGUAUUAGGGAAUCCUUAAAAAUGAAUUUUAAUUUACUUCAAUGGAACAAUAUCUGCUGGAAAGGUGAAACAACAGGUGUUUAAAAUAACAAAAAGGCUGGGAAUCACUGUUUUAGAUCACACAUUCCAUACAUUACUAUUAACUGGAAUUGCACUUAAAAUU